AUGACCUCUUCCCAGCGCAUUUCGGAGCUCGUCUCAUGGGCGACCUCUCACGGCGCCCAUCUGAACCCCUCGGUCAAAGUCGACAACCUCCCCGAAACCGGCCUCUCAUUCCGCGCAACUUCCAAGACGAACCCUCUCGACACAAUCGUCAGCAUCCCCUCCAGCCUCACGCUGUCCUAUCUCAACGCUCUCCCAGGAAGUGAUGACCCUCGACCUUUUCCUGCUGGCUUCCUGGCGCAGACGCCUCCGCACGUCAUCGGUCGUUUGGUCCUCGUCAAGCACUACCUCCUCGGGGGUGAGUCGUUCUGGAGUCCUUACAUCCAUGCUCUCCCACAGCCGGAGGAUCGGGAUUCUUGGUCGCUGCCGCCUUUUUGGCCUGAUGACGAUGCAGAGUUGUUUGAGGGGACCAACAUUGAGGUUGGUGUUGCUCGCAUCAAGGCUGACGUGAAGCGUGACUUCAAGGCUGCUCUGGAUGCUCUCACGGCUGAAGACUGGGAGCCAGAGUUGAGAAAAGGAUUUACUUUGGGUCUUUAUCAGUGGGCGUACAGCAUCUUUUCCAGCAGGAGUUUCCGUCCGAGUCUCGUUCUUGGACCAGAAGAUCAGAAGCGUCUCCCCGAGGGUGUCAAGAUUGACGACUUUUCCGUCCUGAUGCCACUGUUCGACGUGGGAAAUCACGACAUGAGAACCGAAGUGCGAUGGGAGCUCGACGAAGAGAAGAAGCACUGCAGCCUCAAGGUUGCCAAGGCGUACGAAGCCGGAGAGCAAGUGUUCAACAACUACAGCAUGAAAACCAACGCAGAGCUGCUCCUCGGCUACGGCUUCAUGCUCCCCGAGUCGGAAGAGUUACAUAAUGACUAUGUUCAUGUGCGGAAGAGACAGGCUGCUGAGGCUGCGGCUACUGAGGAGUACUACAUCUCUCUACGACCGAUUCGACAUCCUAGUUCCCUCCUCGCGCGGUCGAAGCAGGCUAUCCAGUUGAGCGAGUCUACUACAGUGAUCGGAGCGUUUCAGCACGUUCAACACGACAUGGUUUGGGACAUCUUUUGCACGAUAGCAACCCCCGAACAGCGCGCAGUCCUCGUCCCAGUCGACGCCACUCUUCAAGGUGAAGCAGCUGAACAAGCCCAGCGAGAACGCUUCUUCAGCGGCGACAUCAUCGAGGAGGGCAAAAUGUUUCUUCAGCAGACGGCAGCUAUUAUCCAGCACAAGGUAAUGCAGGAGCUGGAGAGGUUGCUCGAAACGGACGUGGAGGUUGUGGGUGGAGGGGAUCUCACGAGGAAUCAGCAGCUGGCGUUGGAUUAUCGAGCGAGGUGUAGACGGGUGUUGGAGAAUACGUUGGAGGCUAUGAAUGCAGAUGAGUUGUUUGGAGAUGAGGAUGAGUAG